AUGGAUGACGUACAGAUAUGUGAAGACCCUGACUGGUUGGGGCACGCAGAUGGGCUAAGUGACGAGCUGAGGAACUUCAAACAUUUGGGGGGCACAUUCAACAAGUACAGCGUUCUGUACGAUGAGGAAGAUAACGAGUUGAAAGAACUAGAUCGAUUCGAGAACAUGUUCAAGGAGGCAAAUGUGUGCUUCACACAUUUCGAGAAUAUUCAAAAUGACUUAAAGAGACUUAACGAGUUAGACAAAAAUGCGGAAGAGAAAAUCUUGGAGAGCACCAAAAUGACAAGCGAAAUUGUGGAGGAAAUGAACAAACUGAAGAAGCAAAAAUAUGCUAUUAGGAAGAAAGAAAAAAUGUACGACCAAAUUUUAAGGCAAUACAGCUUAAGUCCCCUAAGCUAUAACAAUUUGACGGACAUAAAUGUUUCGCUAAAUAUUGCAUUUUUUGAUGACUUAAAGCAAUUUGAGUACACCAAGGAAAACAUAAUAAAGCUGCUAAACGAAAAUUCAACUGACAAGAUAAGUAAAUUUUAUUCGAAGCAUUACAGCAAGAUAUUGAAUAAGGCGUGCAAAAAAAUGUGCCUUUAUGUGAUCAGAGAGAAUAGCAGUUGUUACAGGAGGAUAAGUAAAAUUACAAAUUUGUUGCUGUGCCCCAUUUCGGAAGAAAAGGAGAAGAGAAAAAUUAUGAUAAAAAAUUUAGUUCAGAAUUUCUCCCCCUUGACAAAAUUGUGCUAUAAAAUUAUUAUCGAAAAUAUGGAGUACUUCAACAUCUGUCUCACCAAUUUUUUGCACUUUAGAAUAAAGUUGCUCAAAAGAAAUUACAACCAUAUGGUUAGCAGUCAUGGGAGUAAGAUUGUAUGGAGGAACAGCUCAGAAGGGGAGCUCCAGCCCAUAGAUGAUUCGAUAGAAAUAUUUAAAAAGUUCUUUUCAACCAUGUACUACUUGAUAACGUCGGAGGAUCACUUCUUCAAAAUUCUGCUUCUGUUCAAUUAUUAUUAUACCAACGUACCCAUCCCCUACAUUACUGCCCACGUGGAAAAUACGCAUAACAAUUUGUACACGAUAAUUGACUCCUUGUAUGUCCCGUACAGCCAUUUUUUAGACACAAAUUUGAGUAGCUACCCGAAGAGAUACGACACAUGCUAUGAACUGUUUCACAUUGUAGAUAUGUUCAUUUUUAAACUGAAAGAAUUUCAAAACAACUGCGAAAUUACGCAAGAGAGUGGAGCCCCUCUCCGGGAAAAUUCAUUCUUAGAAAAUUAUAAAUUUAAUCAUGGAAAGGGAAGCCAAAGGAGGAACUCCAGUUUGUGGGACCUCCCCAGCGGCAUCCCAGAUGGUGCCCAGAGUAAACGUCCGAACGAGCACCGAACCGAUCAGACGAACGAAGAACAGUUGUUAAGCGGUGAACCAGUCAGCAGCCUAAACUUGGAAUAUUCUCAAAAGGGGGAAAAUAUAGACGAUGUCAAACAUGGGGGGAUUGCCCCAAAUGUGGUUGAAGAUCAAGAAUCUCUGGACCACGCUGAACGUGCAGACGGAAUGCAGCACACCUCGAACGAACUCGCCAUUCCACAGCCGGAUGACGCGGCGAGAAGCAGCGUGGACGAUGCCCAAACAGGCAGGAGUAAAAGCGAGUUAGGCGAAAAACACAGCGGGGUAGAAAAAUACAACUGCAAGCUGCUAAACUAUACACAAAAAAUACAAAAAAAUAUAGAAAACGAAUUCAUCGCGGUGUGGCAAAAAGACGUUGUCACCUUCUACCUUAGUAAAAUCACCAAAGUGGACGAACCCAACCAUUUUGACAACACACUGUCAGUCGUAAAAAAAAUAUUCAGUGCCUUAAAUAAUGUAUACUCUAUAUACAGAAGAAAUAGUACCCUAUUUGGCUCCCAAAGCAACGAGCAAAAUUUUCAAAACGUCCUUGACAUCACAAUCAACCCCCUAAUAAAUAACUCCUUGAAAAAUAAAAAUCAAAAUGUAGAAAGCGAUUACAUAUUUAUUAUAAAUAUAUUUACCUUUAUACAAGAAAAUGUAAAAAUGUUUGAAGGCUCCUCUAAGUACUGCGAUUUGCUGGGUAUAAUUAUGAAUGAAAAAAUGGAAAAAGUUUUGGAGCUAGAAAAUAAAAAUUUAUUAACCUUCUUAAAGUUAGACAAAAUUAAGAAAGGGGAGGAAAAUAACAUAAAGGAGAUAAAACUCAUUUUGGAAAAUUUUUAUAAAUUUGCUUUUUCGGAAAAGUUUAAUGAUUUCCAUGUGGUGAACAAAAUACAAUCAAGUCAAGUCAGAAAGGAUAUGCAGUUGGCCAUAUUUAACAACAUACAUAAGGAGUAUGUACACCUGUACGAACUGUAUUCCAAAAAGGUUAAUAUGCUUUAUUCGCCCGAGCAAAUAAAGGAUGUCCUUUUGAAAAAUUUGUCAGUUAUAUGA